AUGACGUCGAAGCUUCAUUUGCGUCGUGUCAUGUACAAUCCCGGCCGGGGAAAUACCACAGAGCUGUCGCCGGAGGAUUACAAAAAGACUCUCGUUUCGUAAGUAACGCACUCUUUGAUCAUUAGUAGAUAAAAAAUUCAAUUUCAGGUUAGAAGCGGACAGAGUAUGUUUCGGUCGAAGUGAAAUCAGCGACUACGUUUUCCGGGCAGGUCCGCCCGGUUCAGAUAUAGAGUAUGUCUCAAUUUUAUGGUCACUUAUCAGCUGGUAGUCGGUUGAUUAUAACCUGGUUGGCCAAACGGAAAUACGAGAAUUCGGGGUAGAUACGGUAGGCGAUCACAUCGUCUUCGCCCUCUUGAUGUUUUUCAUUUCUGCUCUCUCGUUCUGGGGGUCACGCGCCAGAAUGUAUGUUACAACGAAUGAAUUGUUCUGUCGGAGAGAGCACUCCGUCCAUCUUUUCCCUCUCGCUUUUUUUAUUCAAGUGAACUUCUCCCGCAUUCAAAUGAGUCAUUGGCAAAUGGCCAUCGGAAAAAUUAGAUAUUUCACCUGUUUUGCCAGCCACAUGUGAUAUUUCGUAGUAUAUUCGAUUAUUAUGAAUCACAGAGUGACUGGCAAAAAGAAAAACUUUUUUCAGACCACAUUACAUAUCGAAAACGCACGCGAUGAUCCAGAAAAUUUUCGAAAACGGAGUUGAGCGAUACACCGUACAAGACCUCUCGGAAAACGGCACCUACCUGAAUGAUCGACGUCUGGUAAGUUCCGAACAAAAGAGGGAUGGGGGAAGCCUUUUUUGGUUGCAAUAGCCGUAUUGGAAGUGAACGUUUCCGAGUAGACAAGGAAUAAUAGGCGGAGAAAGUGUGAAUAAUCUUCUGUUCAUUUUCCAGACAGAGGUGAAAGAACCGAUAAAAGAAGGAGACACGAUAAAGUUCGGAUACAAAAACGGGGCUCAUGUUCUCACCGGAACUGUGGUAUCGCAGCCUGAUGCCGAGUUUGCGUUCGUCGUGGAAAGUCCGAAGGAUGAGGAUACUUGCCGUCACUUGGAAGCCAUUCGAGACCUCAAAUUUGAUUUGUACUCACAAAGUGCGAUGUGUGCAGAACGAAAAGCCCACAGGUCGACAGUCAAUGUCGUACAGCAGAGUGAAGCAGAUUCGACUAAUGGCGGAACGGAAGCAGACGUGGCUGGUAUAUCAGUCGGCCACGGAUCAACUGACAGCGACGCUCAUCAGCAAAUCCCAGUGAGAAGCGUUUCAGAAGCAUAUGGCUAUUUUAUUUGUUUCGUUUCAGAGUACAUCCCAAUCUUCGCAUCCGAAAAAGUCAUUAGCGCCGCACAAUAAGUUCGCCAGUAUUGACUCUAACCGAGUCAUCAGUUUUCUGUACGGACAUGGCUCUCAAAUGUUCAAAAUAAUCUUCGACGAACAGGUUGAACGGCUCAAAAUUGAAUUUCCCAGUAUUGGGCAUCGGUUGGCACAAACUCUCGUGACAGUGAAUGUAUUAAACGACGAUCCCACUCUUGGAAAAAUUGAUCUCAUCCGAAUCGUGAUCGAGGCAUUGAAGAAUACGGAACGAGUUUGUGAAGUCGGCAGACUAGAGAAGCAAUUGGCUGACUUUCUGGUAUUCGAAGAACCCAACAAAAUCGAUAUGGUCGACCUAUUGGGGAGCUUAGUCAAUCCGCCGAAGCCGACCGCGAGCAGUUCCUCUGUGCAAUCUAGUGUGAAUGAUCCUUCUGCUCCUGCUUCGAACGAUGCAAACGGGCCGAAUUCCUCAAACAAAAUCGUCGCGCCAAUUGCCAUUCGUCCUAUAGUCCCAUGCCCGUACCCGAACGUAAGUAACUUUUUUUAAUUUUUGAUAGACAUUUAUGUUUUUCAGUAUCUCAAUCCGAACGCCCCGUAUCUUCAGUUUAUGCAGAAUAUGCCGUUUCUCCCUGGAAUUUCGAGCAAUUCUUUUCAAAAAUGGGAAGCACCAAAACAAGGGUAUAUCAAUGAUGGCUUUGUCGGUGUUGCUUUCCAACAAGUUGCGCCUUCAAGUCGGAUUGCUCGAGAAGUUGGUGUCAUCACAUCCACGGAGGCUGCCCUCGGCUCCAAUGGGCCUGAAGACGCUGUCCAGGACCUCGUCAGGAAUGAAAGCUCUUCCGAUUUGGACGAAGAACGCCACUCUGCGAGUUCAGGAUCAACCGCUAACUCUCGCAGAAGAACAGAAUCAGAGGACAGCGAGAUUCUUGAUGUUGUGGGAACAGAUGAGCAGAACCAGCCGAUCGAGAAACCUAAUUCGGUAAUUGCGUCGAAACCUACGGAAAAACGGGAUGCCAUUCGAGAAGUUUCAUUGGAAGACAGUUUGCAUAAUGGUGGAACCCAGACGCCGUCGCCGGUAUUGCCAGACAGUGAGGUGGCGGUCGCUCAAAACGAAAAGACGACGAGAAGAAACAUCGAGGAAGCGUCGGAUGCUCUCCGCAACAGUGCUACUCCGUGCGCUGGAUCGUCUUCUACCGCUGCUUCCACUCUUCCGACUCCAAUGAACUCUCCUUUUCCGAGACCUCCCCCGCCUAUUUCUGCGACGCCAUCAUUGAGCGAAACAACGGGCGCAGAGGCACUUGUGAAAGAAACCGCCGAGAAGAAGACCGGGGAGAAUGCUGAAAAAGAACGGCAAGAAGGGGAAAAUAAAUUACAGACUGAUGAAGAGGAAGUGAAUGAACGAUUGGAGAGUAAGGAAACGAGUCGCCGGAAUGACGAAGAAAGUAGAAAAGAGAAGGAGGAAGGAGACAAGGCAACGAAGUCAGCAGCCGGGAAGAAGAGCGCUGAAGACGAAGAGCAGGUUCAAAAGAGAAAGUACGUGAGAAGAGCUCCGAAGGUAGACCAGCAGAAGAAGGAAACACCUGCACGAAGGAAAAUGAAGCAGUUGGGCGAGUCUUCCGUCGAUUCUGAAUCCGACGACGACGAGAAAACUCCGCAGAAAAAGAAAGUACUCCGAUCUGCAAGAACAGCGCCUCAUGCAAAGGUAGCAAAAAUUGAAACGAGCAAACCAUCAUCGGAACAGUUUCAGACCGGCGCCGAAGAAAUUGUUGAAGGCGAGGAAGAGGGAACUCCGAAACGUCGCCGACCUUACAACAAUCUGAAGCGAACAUCAGCUGAGUCGGGAGUGAGAAAGGCGAAGGCGAGCGCCGACACUCCAGAAAAUGAGGACGGCGAUGAGCCACCGAAAAAACGACGUGGAAGAGUGAGUGACAGAAAAAGUCUCGAUCAAAUGAACGAAUUGAAUUACAGAAGAAGGCAGCUCUUGUGACCGUGGAUGAGCCGACGGAACCGGCAGAAGAACAAGAUGCGGAGGCGGAAGGGACAGGAGAAAAGGACCCGAAAGAGGAGUGCGGCGUUGGCGUUGUCAACUGCAUCAGUCACUUGUACCAAGGAAGGAGACCGCUCAAUUGGGUUAGCGAAAAGAGGAUCAGCUUGAGAAUGAAAGUGUUAUUGCAGGUGGAGUGCGAAAAGUGUGAACAAUGGUAUCACACUUACUGCAUCAAAGUGAGCAAUGUCAAGUACACGAAAAAGGACGAAUUCGUCUGCUGUGGAGAGACCGCCAACAAAGACGCGAUCGAAGCGAUAAAUGGAAGAACCGCCGAACGGGAGAAAGCCAAGCGAUCAAAUGAUUAA